UUUAAGCGACUUUAACGAGGAAGACAUAAAACAUGGCGCUACGGAUAUUUUGUUUUGUGUAAGCAAAUAAAAAUAAUUUAAAACAACAGAAUACUGUGCGUCUAAGUUUGAGUUACACUAACGCGAAAGUAAAGCUUAUGCUGUGUAAUCUAACAACCAAUACACUGUACGUGGUACAUCUUGCAAAAUGAGUAACAUAUACAUUCAAGAGCCACCAACAAAUGGCAAGGUUUUGAUUAAGACAUCAGCUGGAGACAUCGAUGUGGAGCUAUGGUCUAAAGAAGCACCAAAAGCUUGUCGGAAUUUCGUUCAGCUUUGUAUGGAAGGUUACUAUGAUGGUACCAUAUUUCAUCGGGUUGUACCAGAGUUCAUUAUCCAGGGUGGUGAUCCCACAGGCACAGGGUCUGGGGGAGAGUCUAUAUUUGGGCGCCCUUUUAAGGAUGAGUUCCAUUCCAGACUGCGCUUCAACCGGCGAGGGCUGGUUGCCAUGGCAAACGCUGGGCCUCAUGAUAAUGGCAGCCAGUUCUUUUUCACUCUGGCUCGAGCUGAUGAGCUCAACAACAAGCACACUAUAUUUGGAAAGGUUGCUGGUGAUACAGUCUAUAACCUGUUGCGGCUAGCUGAGGUGGAAUGUGACUCAGAUGAGAGACCGUUGAAUCCACAUAAGAUUCGUUCCACAGAGGUUCUACACUCACCCUUUGAUGACAUCAUUCCACGUGAAAGCAAAAAACAUAAGAAGGACCACUCCAAAGAAGAAGGAAAGAAAUCUCAGUCCAAAGCAACCAAGAACUUCAGUUUGUUGUCUUUUGGAGAGGAAGCGGAAGAAGAUGAGGAGUUGGUGAACCAAGUCAGUCAGACGUUGAAGGGCAAAGGCAAAAGUAGUCACGACUUAUUGAAGGACGACCCCCGGCUCAGUGCAGUUCCAGCUAUUGACAGGAAAAAAACCGGAGACUCAUCUGAGGGAUCAGAUUUGGAAGAGGGGGAUGAUGAUGGAGGUAACCCAGAUGUCGCGGGCAUGAGGGAGAGGAUCGCAACCAAACUGAAGAAAUUGAAGAAGGAGGAGGUGCGACUCGUUUCUGAGAGAGAAGAGAGCGAGAAGAAGACGAACCGCAGCGAUGAGCUACGGAAGGAAUCACGGCAGCUGAAGAAAGAACUUCAGGCCAUCAAACAACGAAAAGAGGAGCGUGCCCAACCAAAGGAAGAAGAAGAACAAAUUGAGGAGGAAAAGCCCAGCAGUGGUGCCGUGGCUGAGUACCUGGAGAGCAAGAAGAAGUAUGAAGACCAACGCAAACAGAAACUGAAGAAAGGCUCCACCAGAGAGGCACAGACUUUGGCUCUCCUGGACCGCUUCAAGUCCAAGCUGUCGAGUGCCAUAACUGACACGCCCGAGGAGGCUCCAGUGGAGCAGCUCGGAGAGGAGGACGACCAGGGCUGGCUGUCUCACGUGCUCCAGUUUGACGAGCAGAGCAGGAAAGUAAAGGACGCCAACAUGCAAGACGAGGACACCUUCGAGAUCUACGACCCACGCAACCCGGUCAACAAGCGGCGGAGGGAGGAGAGCAAGAAGUUGCUGAAGGAGAAGAAAGCAAAGAUAUGAGUGCAGGGAUCAUCUGAUCAGGAGCGCUCUCAAGGAGGGGUCAAACAUGGCCAUCACUCAUUCUCAUAAGAACAGCUCAGUCAUUGCUCCUCUCUCAUAUCUCACCCCUCCUCUUGCUCCUCUCUCAUAUCUCACCCCUCCUCUUGCUCCUCUCUCACUCUCUCAUAUCUCACCCCUCCUCUUGCUCCUCUCUCAUAUCUCUCCCUCCUCUUGCUCCUCUCUCAUAUCUCUCCCUCCUCUUGCUCCUCUCUCAUAUCUCUCUCAUAUCUCUCCUUCCUCUUGUCUCUUCUAUCCUCUAUUCCAGUGUUCCUGCUGCUGACAUCCUCUCCUCCCUCCCUCCCUCCCUUUUCUUCUGCUUCUCUUCAUUCUGUCUUUUCUUGUCUGUCUAUCUCUUCUGCUUUCUCUUUUCUUUUACAUUUGUCUUUCCUCUUGCCACUCUUGUUUUUCUCUCUCAUUAUACUCCUCUCUCCUUUCCCCUCUUCUCUUCUUCUGACUGUGUUUUCUAUCUCUCUCUUCUUCUUCUUGACGUCACUUGACUUUUCUGAGGAUGAUUUGGUCAGCGUGUCUCAGAGCCAAGUCUUUCCUUCCACAUCGUAUAGUAUCCAAGACAUUUGCUUUAACCUGGGACACGUGGCCUCUUGAAACAGCCUUUUAUGACUAGCUGUACACAAAUGACUUGGAGAUAUUAAAGUAGAUGUUCUACACAAAUAAAAGUCAGCAAAUGUGUGUAAGGAAGGAUGGGGAAAAAAGAAAAGUACCCACCUCCUUUGGAGUCUUAAGUACAGUUCAUCUCCAAGUUUGAGGGCUUCAUGUUUUGUGGGUGUUGCGUCAACUGUAUUUACAGCUGCAAUGAAAUAAAGAGCUGACUCAUCUCUC